UAAGGACUGUGGUUCCCGUUCGCAGUGCAGUUCGAAAUCUCCGGGAGCGAGACCGCGUUCUUUCGUUUUUCUCUCUCUCUCUCUUUCCUCUUUCUCUCUUUCUCUGUUCCUUCCCCUCUCUCUUCUCUCCUUCUCUAUAAGCUCUACAUCCCCCCGGUGUUUCAUUUCUACCUUCGUUUUCCCAUCAUCUUCGUUUAUCGUCUACCCCCCUUCGCUCACGCUUAUCGCCUCCGUCUUCUCUAACUCUGUUUUCGCUACUCUCGCGUAUAUACCUCAACCCGCCGAAAGGCGCCUCCUUAACUUUUUACCCCUCCGCGGUUUGUUUCCCCGCGCCGUCACGCGACACGCACGCGACUGUUACGCGCGAUAGGCGCGCGCGUGCGAGAACUUUAUAUGCGAUAACGUGCGAUUGUGUGCGCGAUUGAUGGAUACGGGCGAGACGCGCUGGCGACCACGACCGGCCGAUCCCAUCAGGUGUCUUCAUGGCGAGUCACGUGGAUCGGCGGCGAUCCGGUGAUUCCGGGGUGUCUCGUUAGUCCCGGUCCGGGCACGGCGCGCCGCGGCGGUGCGCGCGUGUGUGUGCCGCCUGAUUGUCGGCGGAUGUCUACCACUGGACAGGCCCAUCGACGUCGGUGUCCGCGGAGCGCGGAGUAGACCGUGUACGCGCGACGUGGCGGACAGGUGCGUGGAGGAAAAUCCGCGUUGGGCUCUCGGGUCGAUGUGCACAGGUCCGAGGAGACGCGCCGACACUUCGCCUCACUCGGUGGUAGUUCCAGUACGGAAGAAGUUCAUAUGGAAUGGCAUCACGUGGGCCGUCAUCGCCGUCGACGCUGCCGAUCGCGAUAGCGAUGGCCGCCGUGAUGACAGUCGUGGCUAGUGGCCUCUGCCCGGCGCGAUGCCGAUGCGACGACGAGAGCCUACGGGUCUCGUGCGCCUACGCCGGCCUCGAGGUCGUGCCGAUCCAGCUGAACCCGGAGAUCCGCCACUUGGAUCUGUCCAACAAUCGCGUGACCAACGUCCACCUCACCUUCGGCUUCUACGGGAACCUGGAGAGCCUCGACCUGAGCUCGAAUCUCCUUCACACGUUAGGCCUGGAGAACUUCGGCAUGCAGCAGAACCUGAUCGCGCUUAACAUCAGCAACAACAUGAUCCACACUUUAGCGAGGACCGCCCUGGACGGAUUGACGUCCCUGAAGGAACUGAAUCUGGCCGGCAACAAUAUCUCGGAGAUAUCCGAGCAGGCGUUCAAGUCCACCAGCGAGCUGGAGGUGUUGGAUCUGAGCGACAACUCGAUCACGAGUCUGUGCGACGAGCUGUUGAGGAACUUGCAUAAGAUACGAACACUGAUUCUGAACAAUAACUCGCUGCUGGAAGUGCCGACGAGCAAUCUGGCUCUGGCGCCGAGUCUCGAGCGCGUAGAUCUGUCGGAUAACUUGAUCCAGGAGCUCGACCGAGACUCCCUGCCGUCGUUACCGUCAUUGAUCUCCCUGAAUCUGUCGAAAAACGUCAUCAGGUACAUCGCCGACGUUGCCUUCGAUCGUCUGCCGGAUCUCCUGUAUCUGGACUUAUCCGGGAACAAUCUGACUUCCGUGCCUACGGCCGCUCUGGCCAGAUUGAACGUUCUGACGGGUCUCGUUUUAAGCACCAAUCGCCUUGGCACCUUGGACGCCGUGGCUUUCCGCAAUCUGUUCGAGCUGAGGACCCUGGAGCUGAACAACUGCAUGAUCGCGAGCGUGAACGCGCGGGCCUUCGCCGACAACGUGAACCUCGAGCGCAUCUCGAUGGACGGCAAUCGGGAAUUGAGGGAGCUGCCGGCGCGAGUCCUCUACGGGGCCCGGUACCUCAAGUGGGUGUCGUUACGUCGAUGCAGUCUGGCGACCCUGCAGCCGACGCAGUUUCCCGUCGACGGGCUGUCACACCUACGAGUUGGCGGCAAUCCUCUGGUGUGCAACUGCUCGGUUCACUGGCUGUGGAACGUGAUCCGCGCCGAGGAGCGGCGGAACGAGACGCGGCUCGAGCUGGAUACCCAUGACAUCGUCUGCACCGACGAAGAGUUCGCUGGCAGGGCGCUGAUCGCGCUCUCCGAGGGCUCUCUACGGUGCCGCCUGAGCCCCCUGUACCUGUCGCUGUCGGCGACCGGCUGCUUCUUGGCAGCCGCGGCCGUGCUCACCCUGAUCGCGCGACUGACCCGCGCGAAGAGGAAGAGACGGUCGCUGGCGUACGCGGCGCCGAAUCGUCCUGAGUUCCUGGUCUACGUCGGCAGGGGCGACAACGGGCUGGACAAGAGCGCCGAGUCGUACAGCCGUCGGCUGUUGGCCCGGAACAACGAGGACAUCUCGUACGAUUCGCCGCGCGGUAAAGUGGCGGCCGCGAUCGCGGCGGCGGCGGCGACGACGACGACGGCGACGAUGACGACGACGACGACGACGACGACGGAUUACAGCCCGCAGUCGCGGGAGACGAAUAUCUACGAGACGCCGCGAUACGCGCGGCCCGGACGUCGCGACGCCGUCGAGCCUACGUCGCAGGGCAAGCAACUUCCGGCGGAGGAGGGCGUGUACGCGGUGGCGGACGUGACCGAUCUGCGGGACGAGCCGCCGGAAGUGCUGUCUCUCUAUCGUGCGCGCAGCCCACCCGCCGCCAGGUCGAACUGCGCUCUGCGGCGACUGGACUACGGUUACGAUUACGAGUACGAUUAUGAUUACGAGCCGACGGCACCGCCGUCGCCGCCGCCGUCGCCGCCGCCGCCGCUAUCCGAGAAACCGCACGUCGUCUUUGUAUGAGGGCGGCCGGGGCGGUCGGAGGUCGUAACACCGCUGCGGCGCGUUGAUGGGUUCAGCCGCGGCGGGUAUAAUCGGUGAAUCCGGGGGAUAGUCUAGUCAUUAGGUGGAACCGGAUACGCCGUCGACUCCGUAUCACGGGCCUUUAACUAUCCGAAACUGUCUCGGGAUUAUUGCCUCGGCGCGGCGCGGCGCGUCUUGAUAUUCGAGGCGUUGCAUGUCGUAUUAUAUGUACGAGAGGACCGGGAUGUGCGCUGGGACCUGGAAUGACCGCGAGACAAUAGCGCGCGAGAAAUACGAAAGGUUUACACCACGCUCUGAAUCACCAGUCGACCGUUAAAUUUACGCGACGUAUACGAUAUAUAUCGUAUGGAGAAACGAUUGCUUCGGCCCUACCCAUGUUUAACUCUUGGUUAUCGGUCACGCUACGUCUCGCUACAUACGAGGACCAACGAACUGCAGGUGCAUUUUAGCACCGGCUAAACGUGAGCAACGAUAAUGUUCGUUUGCGAUGGGUUUGUGUGUGUGUGAGAGAGAGAGAAUAGAAAGAAAAAAAAAGAACAGGAAAAGAAUGACGUCGACAGUGUUCCGGACAGUUUGUACCGCGGUAAGACGCGAGAGUGGCGUCGAGAUUGUGGAUGGACAUUACUUUCCACUUGGCGUUGGAAGAAUGAUCGAUACCAUCGCCGUUGUCGCCGCCGCCGCCGCCGCCGUCGCCGUCGUCGCCGUCGUCGUCAGGAAAGCGGAUUAUCCGAAAUUCUGUUGCUCGAACGAGAACGGGUGGUGCUUUUGGCUCGUAAGAAACCGACGGGGUUACGGCGCGCGACACGCUGAAAUUAUCCCCCCAGGACAAACAGAAGCAACCGUGGACGAGUGAAAAUGAAAUGUCUUCCGAGAUAGUUGCGUCGCUGCUAGAGAGAAAGAGAAUGUGUGUGAGAGAGAAAGAGAGAGAGAGAGAAAGCCAGGAUGCAUUCUCACUGAGGGAACACAAUCUGACUCGGAAUGUAAAUUGUGUGGGAGCGCGAGAGCGCGUUGUACCGGCCGGGUCGUAAGAGAGAAGGAGAACACGAGAGGGACCCGUAUUUAUUUUGCGAGGAUUGCGAGUUGAAAUCCGCUGGCUCAGUGCGAAUGCAGUGGCCCGAUUCUCCGCCCGGCGAGCAUUCGUUCUGUCGGAUUCGUUUGAACAAGUAGUGACAAAUCAAAUCAAAGCUGCGUCGCGUUAGUCGAUUAAAAAGGUCCUUCUAGAGAUUACUAGCUACCUAGAAAUUAAUACUUUUCGUGAGGUCCGUUCCAGACUCCGGGGGGGUUCACAAUUAAAUUAAAUUGUCAGCUAACGUCACACAACCGCUGUAAGGGUUGAUUAAUACAGCUCUUAUUAUAUCCACCUUCCCGCGCCCACUUCCCCGAAUAUGUAACAAUAAAUUCGAGAUAUUCGUUUAAGCUCGGAACUCGAUUUCGCGAGUGUCCGUAAGUAUUUGUGAGUAUCCGGAUCCGAAUAUCUUUACUCGAUUAUCUUAUAAACAUCCAUUUGCACAAGUUGCUAAUUCGGAUAAUAAAUGAGUAUAAAUUAUAUCGUUCAUUUGCUACAACAACGACACAACUGAAAAAAAAAAAAUUAGUUUCCCAGAAAAUAACUUUGAAUAUUUUAAAUCAUUAAAAUUUUGUAAUAUUAAUUUUAAAAUACAAUUUUGAUAAAAUAAUCGAUUGUAGAGGAAUAAAAGUGUGUUCUUUACUUUCAUCUUUAAUUUCCGUUUCCGUUUCCGUUCUUUUUCUGCAAGCAAAAAAUUUUGAAAAAUGACAAUUUUUUUUUUAGCAAAUGAGCGAUAUAUGGAUAUAAAUAAUUAAACUUUGAUAUAGCUAAAUAUAAAAAUAGUCCCGAUAUCAGAUAUUUUAUAAUUGAAAGACCGUUUAUUAGAUAUCUGAUGUUUCAUUUGACUAUUUAAAUCGAGCAGAAAAUAUCCGGAUACUCGGGCGCUCGAAAGUUUGCAAAUUCGAAGUCGAGAGAGCGCCAUUAAUAAGAAGAGCGAUAAGUUGGCCGUUGAAAAAUUACGUUAACACGUUCCUCCACACGAGACACGCUUAAGGGAACAAAUUACGUUAUAAGUCGCGAAUCCGACUUCUUUCCCUCUUUUGCAACCGACAGAGGGAGGGAUCCCUCGUUCGUAUAUAUGAAGUACUGUAAAUUGAAGCAAUAAUAGUUACGACCUUUUACUCUGUAAGCACAUUACACACCGAAUAUAUUUAGGGACAACUACAAAGGACACAUUUAUACGAAGCAUAAGCAAAUACAUACGAAAAAUAUAAAUAUA